CAAACUUCAGUGCUCUGUGGGUACUCGUUGGCUGAACUAUGGCUGAUACCGCAGUGGAUCCCGUUGUGGUGGAGCUGGAAAGCCCCACGCAUAGCCCCCACUCAUCACCGGAGCCGCAGCAGUCGUCUGGUUCUCCUAAAGCCAUGGUGCAGUCGCCGAGAGCGCAUCAGGAGCUUGCUGCCCCAUCAGCAAAGGGCAAGAAAGCAAAAUCCCAGGACCCCUCGACGGACUUCGUCAACGUGCUGAGCACGCGGAUUGAGGAGAUCGAGCGGGCAGUUGCUGCGGGUCACGGGGGGCCGGCGGAGCGGGAAGCGGCUAAGGCGCGCAAGAAGCAGUUGCGAGAGGCCAUCAAGUUCUGCAGCGACCGUGCCAACAGUGCGGAGGACCGCAUCGCAUACAUCCAGCAAAAGUACUCCCAACAGCUCUCCGAGCUGCUCCGCAUGGAGCGGCAGGUGCUGGAGCUGCAGCGGGACCACGAGCUGCUGGCCAAGGAGAAGGACAAGGUCCAGUCGGAGCUCAAGAAGACCAACGUGCUGAAGGACAAGCUGGAGGAGCUGUGCAGGCAGCUGCAGAAGG